AUGAAUCCUGCCAAGUUGUUCCCCUUCAAGGGGAUGAGGCGAGGAGCUGGCGCCAGGGACGAGGCCAGCUGCACCGACGACACCGAAGUCGGUCACACCAGGGACAGGGUCCCGGUCCCCGGUCUCUCCAAUCGGCCCCCAAUGAAGAAGCUGCCCCCACUGCCGCCGCCGCGCCAGGCCUCAGCAUCAUCCGCGCCGGAGCAGACAGCCGAGCAGCAGUCCUUAUCUCCACGCAUGACCACCCACUUUGAACUCCUCUACGAUCAGCUAUGGAAGGUCUGA